CCGAUCUGUAUUUUGAGAUCUUCAUUUCCUUCCUCAAUCUGACGAGACGAAAAUCUCCCGAGUUCUCUAGUUUUUUUUAGUCGUCGGGCAUGUAUAUUUUCUAAUGCAACUAUAACCUGUUGAUAAUCAUAUUGUUAUGUCGUCGACCAAACAAGUCGGGGGCCCUCAUUUAACUGAAACUAAGAAUUAUUAGCCAAUUUGAAUGGCUGAUAAAGAUAUAUUCCGACUUUUCAGUUGGGAGAGUGUUAAUAUAUGAUCUUGUCGAAUAAAACGACUCCCGGCUUUUGUGCUACCUACUGAAAUAACUUGAAGUUAGUCGAUUAAAAAACAUGAAAUAGUCGAGUCACAACUCGGAAAGUUCCUCCGCAGUCAUGUGUAAAACUGUUUAUUAGUUUUAUGCUUGAGUAUUUGGUUUGCCAUCACGGACGCGACUGCAAUAGGCAACUUGUCAAAAUGUGAGUUAAGGCACGUAUAAUUCUAGAUAACGCAACACGAUUCUUUCCAUCUUAAACAGGUAUCGAGGCAGGUUGUUUAUUAUAACAAAACAAAAUCAGAACUUUUCAUUGCCCCGUCAAACGCGAAGCUCUUUCUAUGUAUAUCAUAUUCACAGAGAAAUCGAAACCAAAAUAUAGGCAUUUAUACAAUUAAAUAAGACGAAGUCAGUACAAAAUAAACUAUUCUUUCAAUGGCGAACAUUAACUUCCGGGAGAGAAAAUUAUUCUCGCUUUUUUCAUCAACAUUCGUAGCGCUAUUGACCGUCAUUUCGUUGUUACGACAGAGUUAUAUUAUCGAUGGCGAGGUUUUUACCGCGCUUAGCCAAUGGGAAACGUUAAUUCGAAUGGAGACAAAUUUCGUGAGACAUUUGGAGGAGUUCAUUGUGGAUAAAGGCGAUGAUUUUCCAAGGAUGAUUGAUCUGAAGACGUUCCUUCGCAAAGUAAAACCGUGGACUUUGGAAGCGGCGAAAGGCCACGAGAGAUUCGUGUCACAUCCAGUGAAUGAUUUGUUGAUGAUAAAGAGAUUCACUUCAGAUUGGUUGGAAGUUGAUGAGAUCGUCAAAAACGAUGACACUAAGUCAGAAUUAAGCAAAAGUAUCAACCUACACCUACCUCUUUUUCCACAAUAUGAAGACCUAGUUGGUGCUGUCGAAGGUAUUUUUCGCUUGCAAGAAAUUUAUCAUCUUCGACCACAAGACUUUGCCGAAGGAAAUCUUUCCUCAAACUAUCCACACGCAAAGAUGGAGACAGAGGAUUGUUUCCAGGUCGGAUUAAUCGCUUAUCACGACAAAGACUACUCGAGAGCCAAGGAAUGGAUGAUCGAAGGACUGAGAAAAUUCCAACCGACAAUCUACAGUAGUUACCUCACGAAGACAGUGCUGAAGGAGUUUAUUGCCUGGUGUGAAUAUGAGACAUCUCAAAGAUUCAACUCCACUAAGACUGGUUUUGCUUAUAAAGCGUUGUCAAUCACAAAUGAAAUACUAGAAAAAGAACCAGACAACAAGAACGCGAAAGAAAACAAAGCAUUCUUCCAACUUGUAAUUGAAAAACACGAAGUUAAACAAGCACAAACGAAGAAAAGACCUCCUUACAUGGAUAUUUACAGCAGUCUUUGCCGUGGGCAAACUAAUAAGACAGCAGAAGAACUCGCAUUGUUGACAUGCUAUUAUGACAGAAGCACGCCAAAACUUUUUAUCAAACCAGCGAAAAUCGAGGUUCUCAAUUUAAAACCAAGGAUUGUUAAAUAUUCUAAUAUAAUCACUGACGAGGAAAUCAAAGUGGUGAAGACGCUAGCUACACCAAGGUUGCGACGAGCGACGAUCAAUAACUUAGCGACAGGCAAAUUGGAGUUUGCCAAAUAUAGAGUAAGCAAAACAGGUUGGUUGGAAGAUUACGAAAAUGAAGUGGUAGAUCGCAUCAGCAAAAGAAUUUCCAGUUUGACUGGUUUAUCUACGAGUUUUGAAUCAGCUGAAGCAAUGCAGGUUGCAAACUAUGGUAUAGGAGGUCACUAUGAACCACACUGGGAUCAUGCUAUAAAUCCCAAAGCAUCAAUUUUAAGAAUACACAAAGGAAACCGCCUCGCUACGUUUCUUAUUUAUAUGUCUGAUGUUGAAUCAGGUGGAUACACAGUUUUUAUGAGAGCCAACGCAGUAGUGAAACCAUCCAAGGGUGAUGCAGUGUUCUGGUACAACCUCCGCAGGUCGGGGGCAGGAGACUCGUCUACAAGGCACGCAGCUUGCCCUGUCAUCGUUGGAUCCAAAUGGGUUUCCAACAAGUGGAUUCACUCACAUGGACAGGAAUUUCGGCGACCUUGCGGCCUUCAGAACGACGGUCUUGCCUGGGAAACAACAGUUUAUUAACAAAUUCAAUUUAUGCUCACUUGCUUUGCUUGCACAAAACAGUCGUUGUUGACAAACGGCUUGCCAAAAUUAGCAUUACGCCAAUAGCUUAAUUUUCUAACGUCAUUUUGUAAAGAGAAGAUAGAAUAAAUAUAAUUUCAGUUGCUAUGUCGGACUAUUUAUAUUACCCAAAGAAAAAUGGAAAAAACUACUAUAAAA